UUUGGGGCAGGGGUCGGUGCCGGGUCCCCCGCGGGGUCGGGGCUGGGCGGGAGCGGCGCUGCCCGCGGGCGGGAGCCGCGCUGUGGCCAUGGCAACCCGGGCGGGGGGGACACGGCUAAGCCGGGCGGGACCUGCGGUGACACGGCUCGACAGAGCCACCGCCGCGGGACACGGGCUGCCAGAGCCACCGGGGAGCCGGCGAGGGACACGGGCUGUGAGAGACACCGGGGAGCAGCGGCUGUACAGGCUGCGAGACCCGCCGGAGCCACCACCGGGGGACAGCGUUUGGCACAGCCGCCGGGCCACCAGCGGGGGACAAGGCUUCAAGGACCAUGGCGACCAUCGAGGAACGCACCUUCAUCGCCAUCAAACCCGACGGGGUCCAGAGGGGGCUGGUGGGGGAGAUCAUCAAACGCUUCGAGAGGAAAGGAUUCAAACUGGUAGCCAUGAAAUUAAUACAUGCCUCUGAGGACCUUCUGAGGGAGCACUACAUCGACCUCAAGGACCGGCCGUUCUAUGAUGGCCUGGUGCAGUACAUGCACUCGGGACCCGUUGUGGCCAUGGUGUGGGAAGGUCUUAAUGUGAUUAAGACUGGAAGAGUGAUGCUGGGGGAAACCAAUCCAUUCGAUUCCAAGCCUGGCACUAUUCGUGGGGACUUCUGUGUCCAAGUUGGAAGGAACAUCAUUCAUGGCAGCGAUUCUGUGGAAAGUGCUGAGACAGAGAUCAAUUUGUGGUUCACUCCUGAAGAACUGGUUGAUUACAGAAGCUGUGCUCAUGAGUGGAUCUAUGAUUAACACCCAGCCUGUAUCUCUGAUAUCCCCAUGUCCAUGAGCUGUUACGUGUGGCCGUAGGUUGGAGACAGAAAUCAUGGCUCGAGUCCUCUCGAUCUUAAGACAAACAGCCUCUUUUAUUGUUCAGAUCCUUCUCAUAUAGAGAGUUCAAAACUCCCAGAUCUAGACUGAUUGGUCUGGCUCUUAACACCACCCAGCCCCCUGGCCAAUGACACCCCUGCAUGGGGUUCAGAGGAAUUGCCUGAGGUCCCUGUUUGAGUUCAAAUCCCUUCUACCAUUGCUCACCCAGGCACUUGUUUUAUUUCUAGGCUGGUCGAGUUUGGGGGGCAGCUUCAGACCAGCUGCACUGUGACAAUGAGCAGCUGCCAGCCUCUAGCUAUUCUAAAGGAUUCCCUGGUAGAAACUUCAGAAAACAGUGAGGUUGCUCUGUUGUGGAUGUUCAAUAGAGUCACUUCUUGCUGCUCCUUUGAUUUAAAAGCUGUCAAGUUAUAGAUGGAAUUGCACAUUUUAAAAGCCGCUUCUGGGAUUGAGAGAUAUGAGGUGAAAACACAGAGCAGGUAACAGAUAUCUUUUUCUGAAGCACUUUAUAGUCAUAGAGAGUAUUUUGGUAAAUGUUAUAAAUACAUAUUAUAAUGUUGGCUUUUCACAAAUAUUAAAAUGAAUACUGUAUGUAUAAUGUUGGAAAACUUUGCUGUGUUAAUAUAGUUUCUUUUAUGUCUGCUAUUAACAAAACUUAGAAAUGGUGGUGUGAUGAAUUUUUUUUGUGAUAUUUCUUAGGCUAUAGCAUAAUAUUAAAAUAGAGACUAUGUGAUGUAAAAAUGCUUUUUGUAGCUAACUCAGAGAAUGGUAAAGAUAAUCAGGAAAUUCUUCACAUUAUCCUAUCUGGAUGAAGAUAACAGCAACAGACACCAAAGGAAGAAUUUAUUCCCGGUGUUAUCAGGGAGUGUGGGAACAGAGUGGAACCACAAGGAGAAAUGGAAUGGGGGCAGGUUGGGGGUUGAAACAAAGCAAAAAAUGUUUGAAUAAUGCAUGCAGGUCUAUGAAUAUGCAACAUGCUGGUGCAUUUAAAGAAGUGUUUCUGAGAUGGUAAGGUGUGCUCUUGGCUGAAUGCCAAGCACCUGGCCACAUUUUGCUUUAUUCUGUCUCCUAAUUGUCUUUUAAUUAAACUUUUAAAAUUUUACCAGAAAAUGAAGUUCGUUUUUCACAGUAAACACACACACACAAAGGUAAAAAUGUAUUUGGUAAAUAAAUAUGCAAAUGGCUCAGAGUCAGAGGUUAACUUUGCUAAAACAUUAGAGGACACUUGAUGAUGUGUAAAUGCAUUGAUAAUAUGCUCAAAUGUUGAGGAUUUACUUAAUAUCAAGUCAAGUGUGUCCCAUUUCCUAAAACAGCUGCAGAAAAAUGCCCAUUUCU